UAUCCUCCUCAAUGUUCUUCUCCUCCUUUUCUCCUUCAUUUCAUUCCUCUUUCUCACUACCUCCCUCAUCCUCUUCCUCUUCCCUAUCUUCAUCCCUCUUAUACUCUUCGUUUUCAUCCCGAACUCUCGAACCAUUUGUCCCCAUGAUGACAUCAAGUGUAUCAACCGAGACAGCGAUGCCAACAUUACAAACCGUUAUAGAUUGUGGAGGGUUGAUCUACUUCGCAUCGACUGACCUGCUGACGAUAGAGUCUCCCAACUACCCUAACCCAUAUCCGCCAAAUCUCCACUGCUUAUGGAGUGUACAUGGAACCCAAGGUUCUACAAUCAAGGGUACAUUCAUCAGUUUUCAUUUACACACUUCAUCUGCAUCCCUCGCUGUCUAUGAUAGGCUUGGUGAUGAUGAUGCGACUCGGAUUCUCUCUGCGACUGGUUUUGUGAUACCGCCCUCAUUCACAGCAUCUCAAGCUAUCAAUGUGGUCUUCACUACUGGACCAAUCACACAACAGAGUGGUGGCUUUUCACUCGUUCUGGUGCUAACAGCUGUAUGCAGUCCGACUGUCUGUCAUAAUGAUGGUGCAUGUUUGGAAACAAGUGAGGGCAUUGUGUACUGCGUCUGUCAACCUGGAUUUACGGGAAUAACAUGUGAAAGUCGUGAAAGUGAGACCAUCUCGAAUAACAACCUAUCCAGUACAGGAUCGCUUCAUGUAGAGACAUGGGCCAUAGUCCUGAUCAGUGUGGUAGUCAUUCUCCUCGUCAUCCUGGCAAUCGUUGUCUGGUUAGUACACCACCGACAGCCAUGUCGAGGACCCAUUGUUGCUGACUACCACGCUUGGCAGCUUCACAAGAUCUCCGCAAUACCCGCCAUGGGCCCUGAUUCACAAACAUCUAGUCCUAGAGACGACACUAACAUUGAACCAACACCGAUGAUUAGACGCAAAGAUCCAUCACCUAUCGCUCGUAUCGCCCCAAUACAUUCAGAGUCUGAUAUAGAGCCGACAUUGAACAGCGCUGAUCGAGGUCGCCUUGGUGACAUCGAUGGGAGUCCAUGGUUACCUACCAGGAGAAUGUUCCGUCACAUCAAAUGGAAUUCAAGUCAUUCACCAAAUCAUUCUUACAAAAUAGCUCAAUCACUCAAUCCAAGCGACGAUGAUGCCAUGAACGACACCGUGCUUGAAACUAUGCUCGACAAAAAAGAGGUGUACCAUCCUGACUUCCAUAUCGAUUUCAAUGAUGACGAGGACGAGGACGACGUCGAAAACGAUGACGAAAUCGGAAAUGAGGAUGGAGUAAUAAACGAUUCCAAGAUCGAAAAAGAGCAUGAAGUAGAAACCGACGACGACGUAGGAAAUGACAACGUUGAAAGCAAUGAUGAUGUCGAAAACGAUGAUGUAAACAAUGACCAUGCUGAAUAUGUUGUAAAUGACGAUGACGUUGACGAUAAAGAAGAGGAUGUUGAUGGAGAUGCUAAGGAUGAUGCUUCUAGCAUGGGGCUUGAUGUUGAUGGAGAUGCUAAGGAUGAUACUUCGAGUAUGGGGCUUGAUGAGUUCAUGAUUGAUAUGCUAAGAAAGAAAGACGAGGAAACAGAGAAGAUUGAGCACACCUUGACUAGACUUUAGAUUAGACUUUAGAUUAGACAGAGGGUUAAUUGGCACCAUGACAUAGCAUACAGCCACUCAGACGUUUCCAUCCAUUACACCGUGUGAUCUCGUAUUAAGACAGUUAUUGUAAAUGGAGAGAAAAGAUGAGCCUGAAAUUCAUACAGAUUGUUUGCACCUUUAAAUAAAGACCAGCAUUUCAUUGAAUGGGCGACCGACCAGAAAGGCAAUAUCUAACAAUGGCGAAACAAUCAAAGUUAUAGCGUCAACUAAGAACAAUAAUUCUUCAUUGGCUUACAUCAUUUUUUAUAUUAUUAUUUUAUUUCAUUUUUUUUGUUUUUUUGUUUCAGUUCACUUUGAAAAUUAAGGACCACCACUGAUUCACUUAUGCUAAUAAGCAUGAUUUUCAGCAGAAACCGAUCCACAAUUCUUUAAAGGAGAAACAGUUUUUUUCGUAAUGGCUUUUGACAACCAAAAGAAGUUAUCACAUUUAUAGGUGCUAGUUUACUUGGAUAACCCCUGACAAGCAAAUAAAACGGGGAGUCAGAUACUUUCAGGUGGCUGUGGGGUAUAAGCUUUGAAAGGGCGGUGCACAAUAACACACGAGAGACAUAUUAAGCUGCACUUGGUUUUAAAAAAUACAAGAGCCGAUAUGAUGGAUUGUGCCUCUCCCUGGUGGAAACUACUGGAAAGUUUCCUCAUAAUCCGACUAAAAGACUUAAAAUCCCUCACAAAUUUGGUAUGUUGAAAUAAGACUGUUCACAAGAGUCGUCGGGAAAACAUUUUGUAAUUCAGGGACCUGUAUUUUAAAUCAAAACAAAUCAAUCGCAACUUAGAAUUAAUUGCAACUGUGUCUUUUAAAGAUACGAGUUGCGAUUAGCAUUAAGUUGCAAAUGAUUUAAAUAAAUCGCAAUUCUUUAUAAUACAGGUCCCUGGUGGGUGAAAAGUUAUAUUGUGUAAUUGUUUUAACCGUGACAUAAAUGUUACAUUGUGUGGGCACUGUUUUAUAUUGGUGAAGGCUCUUCACUCUCAUAAUAGAGGUUUUAGGUUCGAUCCUCGCUCGGUACUUACACCCUUGGAGAAUGUGUCGUUUGUCCGUUUCUGCCAUAUAUAUCGAAAUUGAUCUCUAACCGGGUGUAAACGAGUACAUGGCAAUGUAGGGCCCUCAGGAAGAGGUGUAUUAAUGCUGAUAUGCCUACCCUGACUAAGUAAGGCAUUAUUGUUACUAUUCAUGUAUUAGUGUUUUAUAUGGAACUAUAAUCUAAUGCUUUAAAUUAAAUCAUGUUUAAAUUAUAUUUCUAUUUCAUAAGCUUAUCAGUCAGUUCUAGACUGAUGCACAUGAAUAUUUUGUAAAGAUACUUUACAAGUCUUAUGUUUGAAAUGUUGUGAAUCCAAUUUUACUGUGUAAAAGAAUGAAAAGUAUAUGUAUGUUACUUCAAAUUUGGAUGUUACUUAAAUUUCGUUUGGAGUAAUUCAUGAUUCAACAAUAUUUCUAUCAUGUUGAGUAUUUUGUCCACAGAAAUAUAUAUUUCUUUAAAGAUUUGUAAUUGAUGUAUAGUAUUUCGAAGACCCGAGGACAGAUACAAAAUGUGUUUAAUAAUACAGUCCGUUUAAUAGACUGCAAUGAAGUUGUUUCAUUUCUUCAGGAACUCAUCAAUUCCUAAUGAACAUUAUAGGCAUGGCUGUUUUGCUGUUAAAUGCGUGGUAUCUCCUAAUACCAAAAUUGAUAAAUAAUGGGAACUUUACAUUUUGUGCAAUAAAGUGUGAUAAAAGGCUUACAUUUAUUUUCUAAAUGUAACAAUUUUAUCAAGACGUCUAGGAUGCAAUAGAUUUCAAUUGAUAAUCUACUAUUGACUCUAAAACAUCACAAUUUUCCUUUGUUUGUAUUACAAAACUUAGUUUCUGUUUAAUUUCUUUCAAAUCCAAUAUUGUGCUUUGCUUUACACAUCCUCGUGUAUCUUUGUAUAAUUAAUUUAAAUAUUUUUGUAUUUUACACUACAUUACAAUGAUACAUCAACUGAUUUUCAGCAAAGUAUUUGAGUUAUCUUUUACUUCUACUUUGCAUAAUCAUAAACGUUUUGUUUUCAAAGCUUUACACUUCUAUUAAAGUAUGAUUUUGAUUUGUAAUGUUUAUAUACUUCAAAUAGCGACUUAUCAAGUCUUUUUUUUAAAUAGAUGAUCCUAUUUCAUGUCCCUUUUUCGUUGUAAACAUUGCGCAAUUAUCUUUAAUAAACCAAUUAAUUUGAACUGAA